CCCCCGGGCCUAGGCCGCGGGACCUGCGCGCGGCAGCCGCGGCGACGAGCGGGGUCCGGCGGCCGCUGCGGGAUGGCGCCGCCGCCGCUGCUGCGCGCCGUCAUCAUGGGCCCGCCGGGCUCCGGCAAGGGCACGAUCUCGGCGCGGAUCAUCAAGCACUUCGGCAUGAAGCACCUCUCUAGCGGAGAUAUGCUGAGGGACAACAUGCAGAAGAAGACAGAAGUUGGAAUCCUUGCCAAGUCCUACAUUGAUCAAGGAAGGCUUAUUCCAGAUGACGUCAUGACACGGCUGAUGCUGAAUGAGCUAAAAGGUCUAGAUCGAUACAACUGGCUGCUGGAUGGUUUCCCUAGAACAGUUGCUCAGGCACAAGCCCUGGAUAAAGAGUGUCAAAUAGACACUGUGAUUGACCUAGAUGUACCAUUUGAAACUAUAAAAUGUCGUCUCACUGCACGUUGGAUCCACCCUAGUAGUGGCAGAGUCUACAACCUUGAAUUCAGUCCCCCCAAAGUGCAGGGCAUUGAUGACAUUACUGGAGAGCCCCUUGUUCAACGAGAUGAUGAUAAGCCAGAGACGGUUACCAAGAGGCUGCAGGCUUACGAUGCACAAACAAAACCUGUUCUAGAAUACUAUCGGGAAAAAGGGCUGUUGAAAUCCUUCUCUGGAACAGAAACUAAUAAAAUCUGGCCACAUAUCUAUGCUUUCCUCCAAACCAAGUUGCCGGAUGUGAGCCAGAAAGACACUGCCACUCCCAGGUGAAAUUAGGUCUAACUUCUGCUCACUGGUCAUAGCACACACACGAUUACACAAGAUUCAGCAAUCAAUAAUUACUCUUAAGUAGUGUACCAGACUGAUCAAUAAUUGAAGUCUACUGUUGUCCCUAAAUUACAUUAUGAUAAAACUAUGUCUUCUCUGGUUCUCUCUUCAA